AUGGCGGCGCACGGUCUUUCGGAAGAGGCGUUUGAAAUCGAGGUCAUCAAGACCUCCGGCGACCGCAUUCAGGACAGACCGCUGUCCGAAGUUGGCGGCAAGGGUCUUUUCACCAAGGAAAUCGAGGAAGCGCUGCUCGACGGGCGUAUUGAUAUCGCCGUUCAUUCUUCCAAGGAUAUGCCAACAAUUCUGCCGGACGGUCUUGCGCUGACGGCUUUUCUGCCGCGAGAAGACGUUCGCGACGCUUUCCUGUCUCCAAAGGCCGGUUCGCUUGCCGAGUUGCCGCAAAACGCGGUGGUCGGCUCCAGUUCGCUGCGCCGCCAGGCCAUGAUCAAGCGGCUGAGACCGGAUAUUGAAGUCGUGAUGUAUCGCGGCAACCUGCAGACAAGGCUGCGAAAACUGGCCGAAGGCGCCGUCGAUGCGACACUUCUUGCCGCGGCGGGCCUCAACCGGCUGGGUCUUGAAGGGGAGAUCACCAGUCUGCUUGACACCGAUCCAUUUCUUCCUGCGGUCGGUCAGGGGGCAAUCUGCAUCGAAAGCCGCGAAGGUGACGCUGCCACGCUUGACAGGCUUGCGGCGAUCCACGACCAGUUGACCCAGACCCGGCUUGAUGCCGAACGGGCAUUUCUUGCCGUUCUCGAUGGUUCCUGCCGGACACCGAUCGGCGGCCUUGCAACGCUUGAUGGCGACCAGCUGCACUUCAAGGGAAUCGUCCUGAAACCCGACGGAAGCGAAGCACACGAGGCCGAGGCAACUGGAGCUGCGGAAAAUGCGGCAAAGAUCGGUGUUGGUGUCGGCGAAACGCUGAAGAUGCGGAUGGGACCCGGAUUUCUGUCGGAGCACUGA